AUGUGUACGGGAGUUACAAUGAGUGCACUGUGUAUGUCACUUUUAUUAGCCUGUCAACCGGUCGUGUUCGCUCGAGACUAUCCGCAAGAAAAUGGGUUCGUGUGGGGCAGAAGGACAGCACAUCCGAACGAUAUCAACUUCGAUGUGCACGAACUGAAAGCAAGUAAAGCCAGCGCACCGUCCUGGACGUACUCGCUAAGUGAUGCGCUUGGUCCACCGAACUGGCCCAUCGUAGCGCCGGCCUGUGGUGCACAGUACCAGAGUCCUAUAAACAUCGUCACGUCCGGGGCGCUGGUCGUAAACCGUAAGGUGCCGCUGGAGAUCGUCGGACUGACCAAUAUGCCCUCGUCCAUUACCGCUGAGAAUGAAGGUUACUCGGUGAAGUUCACUCCCCACUGGACAUACCGGACGCGACCGAUGAUGCGGGGAGGACCCUUGAAGACGGUGUACUUCUUCGAGCAGAUGCACUUCCACUGGGGUCCGAACAACACGCAAGGAUCGGAACAUACGCUCGAUGAACGCCGUUUCCCGCUGGAGCUGCAUCUGGUGUUCUACAACGGUCUGUACAGUUCGUUCGACAAGGCGAAAGCGGAAGUGGAUGGUUUAGCAGUGGUCGGUUUCCUGUACGAAGUGGUACCGAGCUCGUCCAGCUUUUCGCUGAACUCGUGGGCAAACUUCUUGCCGCAGGUGCGUCAACCGAAGUCGACGCUUGAGAUACCGUUUAGUCGGGCGUUCACGCUGCUGAACGUUGUCGGUACGAUGGGAUGGCCGUACUAUUCGUACGAGGGUAGCCUUACGACGCCCCCAUGCCUCGAGACGGUCAACUGGAUCGUGUCGGCCAAGCGGCUAGCGGUUACGGAGCAAGAAAUGAACCGGCUACGUUCGCUGAUUGGUACGAACGGGGCACCGAUAUCGCUGAAUUACCGCCCAGUUCAACCGCAGAACAAUCGUCGGGUGUUUUACUACUAG